AUGGCAGUUGAGUACACCCUCAAAGUGGCAGAGGCCCGCUUUGGAGGUUUCUCUUGGCUGCUCCUCCAUUGGAGGGGAAUUAUCUAUGAGCUCCUCUGCAAAGAGUUCCUACUCUUCAUUGUUCUGUGUGCUCUGCUCAGCAUCACCUACCAGCUGCUGCUGACCCAGGAACAGAGGCAUAUGUAUGCUCAGGUGGUCCGAUAUUGCAACUGCUCUGCGGACCUCAUCCCAUUUUCUUUUGUCCUGGGUUUCUAUGUGACCUUGGCAGUGAACAGCUGGUGGGCCCAGUAUACAAGCAUCCUGCUGCCUGACCAGCUGAUAUGUGUCAUCUUGGCCACGGUGCACAGCCUGGACCAGCAUGGCUGCCUGCUGCGCCGCACCCUUGUCCGCUGUGCCAGCCGGGCGUCAGUGCUCAUGCUGCAGAGUCUAUCCCCCACCUGCUUUAUCACUGCAGGUUUCAUGCCUCAGGAAGAGAGAAAAACGUUUGAGAGCCUGAAAUCUGACUUCAACAAGCACUGGGUCCCCUGUGUCUGGUUUGCCAACCCAGGAGCCCAGGCCCAGAGGGAUGGGCAAAUCAUGAUGGCAUUGCUCUCUGCCCACUCCUGGAAAUGGGAGCUGAAGAAGUACUGAGCCAACUGCAGCAAGCUGUUUCACUGUGACUGGACGAGCAUCCCUCUUGUCUACCCCCAGGUGGUGACCAUAGCAAUAUCCUCAUUGUUUGCCCUCUUCCUGGUUGGUGUCCAGUGUGUGGAGCCAGAGGCAGGGUCUUGCAAACUUCAGAAGCCUCUGGAGCCUGGCCAAGUAGGGCCAGUGCUGGGGGACCUGGACAUGUAUGUGCCCACGGCUCUGCUGUUCUUCUAUGCUGGCUGACUCUAGGUCGCUGAACAGAUCAUCAACCCCUUUGAUCAGGAUGACGAUGACUUUGAAACCGAUCAGCUCAUUGACUGCAACUUGCAGGUGUCCCUGCUAUCUGUGGUCGACCUGUAGCAGAAACUGCCUCGCGCGAAGAAGGGCCUGUACUGGGAAGAUGGCUCGGCGCAGCCGCUCUACACUGUGGUGGCCCAAUCGGUGAGGCCUUCCUUUCUAGGAUCCACUUUCACACUGCGAGCUAGUCCACCCGGAAGGCCCGCGGCGGAAGCUCAUUUGCCCGGCCUCCGCGAGAGAAACGACCUCGACCAGGCCCUGCAGGUGGAUGCACCCCUCCUUGGCUUGGCUUUGCCAAACUUCGGCUGCGCACGAGAACUUCCCCGGAUCCCUCCUCUGCUGCGCUCCCGGGCCGAGGAGGGAGGCGACCAUGAGACCACAGGCUGCAUCCAGGAAGCGGCGGGUUCUGGGGACCAGGCCCGGGAGGCCUGAGCAGAGGCCCCUGAGCCAGGCCGGGCCACCCUGCCAGCCUCCCCCAGGCCCGACCCCACCCGCGUCCGCCCCUCACUGCCCAUUUUCCAGGCAGUGCCCCAUCCUGCCCUCCGGCACUAGUAGAGCGGCACUUCCUGUGUGCUCCGAGCCGGGGCACUAAGGGACGAAGCUUGGAAGAGGAAGAUGGCGGGAAGGGCCUGAGCCAAGGCUGGGAAUGUGUCCACCUUGGCGGGAGAAGGUAGGAUGGUUUCGGGAAGUGAGAAUGUAAGGAUACCUGGGC